GCUCUUUGAGGAACAGAGAGAGAGAGAGAGAUCUUUUCUUACAUUUGUUUUUUUUUUAAUCCAGUAAUUGCUCCUUCAUUAAAAGUCAGGAUGAAUGUUGUGCAGCUGGUGGCUUGUGGACUUAUCAUGAGUCUUGUGUUAGUCAGAACGGAGGCGAGACCCACAACACAGAGCCAGCACAAGGCUCUGGAAGCUUUGCUUGGGGAAGAGCUGGCAGAUUUUCUGGCUUCAGGUGAACGCAGAAUGCGGCUGCUGAGGGAACUUCGCACGGACACUCGCGCCAAGGGCAUGUGGGCACGCAUUGUAAAUGACCAGAAUGGCUCACGGAGGCACAAAUCUGGAACAAAGAAAGGAGCAAGCACCACCAGGAGCGGCUGCUUCGGACACAAGAUGGACAGAAUAGGCACCAUCAGCGGCAUGGGCUGCCAACCGGCGUAUUACCCGUCCACAAAUAACCUCUCCUGAGUAUUGCCAGGACAAUGAGGUUUUGGACAAUGUUGACUUUCUCCUUUUGAGGAAAAGCCUUAAAAAAAUAAAAAGAGCUGGAUUGUCGGUACGGAAAGCUGCCAAGAUUGAGCGCUAUGUGGAAAAAAAAAAUAUAAUCAUCAAAAACGUUUAAAAAAUCCACACAUCAUCAGUGACAUCACAAGAUGGCGGAUGACGGUGUAAAAAAAUGAGCGAAGCUGUAUAUUGUCGCUGCUGCUGUACAUUCAUGUACUUCAUUCCUGCAUAAAAUGUAUUUAUGUUAAAAAAACUAUUUAUAUGUUUAUAAAAAAAGAGAUAUUUAUAAAUGAAUUUUAUUUAUGUAACAUUUUCAAAUGAAUGCAAACUG